UACGUCUACUCCUGACAGUGAUGUCGAUGCCAUAAACCAUCUCACAGACAUGGUAGGGAAGUUAGGUGUUCAAAUUGGUGAGUCUAUUGUAGAGAAAUUAAUAUCAGCUGGUGUUGUAAACAUGAACAGUGAUACCCAGACUACUACCACCCAGACAACACAAUGUACUGUUGACCAACAUGAACGCCCUCCACAUGUGACAGUCCAUGUGAACUCUGAUAAAGGACUUCAGACAUUCAGAGGUGACAAUACUGACAGAUACCCAGUCCAGGACUGGAUUGACAUGACUAAAACACAUCUCCGAAAGCGAGAGAUUCCUCUGUGUGACCAAGCAGAAGAAGUUAUGAGCCAUUUGAUGGGCAAGGCCAGAGAUGUUGUGAAGAUUGCCUUGCGUAGUGACCCUGCGCUUAAUGUCAAACAAGAACCUGAACUGAUAUAUAAUGUUCUCCUCCACUACUUCAGUGUCACUCCCUCAUGUCUUCCUCUCGCAGACUUCUAUGCUACCUUGCCUGAGCAUAGAAAACCCAGUCGACUACUGGAUAAGACUGAACAAAGCUGCCGACCUCGCUCUCGUAGGCUUACACAGACAAGGGAAGCGGACGGAGAACAUGAAUGAUGAAGUGGCGCUUAUGUUUGUCAAGCACUGCCCUGACCCAGAAUUGGCUUGCACUCUGAAGUUUAAACCACUUCACGAAUGGACCUCGCGUGAUGUUCAGCUGAGGAUUGAUGAAUAUCAACGUGAGUUGAGGUCUAGUGGUGGUGCCGCGGGUACUGCACAUCUAAAGAGCUACAUCACUGCAGUGGCUUCUGACCAGCCCAGUCAGCCAUCGACUGGCCAGGCAGUGCAGUGCCUUACUCAGAGUCCCUCACCUUCCCAUCUCCAAACCCAGCAUCAUGUGUGUCAUCCCCUUUGCCCUUCUCCAGCAUCUGUCCCAGUUCCAGGUGAACUCUGUCAUGCUCCGAGUCGUCCCUCUGUGCCAGUCGUGGCACAAAAUCUCCAACAGUCAGAGGAGAGACUUCUCACCCGUAUGGUCGACAUGUUCCAGGAGAUGAUGGAGAAAAUGCAGUCGCGCGACACUGUGCAUCCAACUCGAGGUGGGCGAUUCCAGCGUCCCUCCCAUGAAAAGCGUUCCAGAGAGGCAGUUUGUAAGGUCUGAGCCCAUGGAAAGGUGGAGAUGUUCCUGACAAGGUCGGUACAGUCAGAUGUAACUCAGCCACCUACCUCGAGCCUG